AUGUCUCAAAAUCAACGAGAGGCCUGGGAGCGCCUGCAGGUCAUGCUCUCGAAGCGCAAGGCCGGCUUCGGCGGCGGUUUCCCAUCCGGUGGUGGCCGAGGAGGCAUGGGACUUGUCGGAACUCUUGUUCUCGCCGGUAUUGGUACCUACGUCGCGUCCAAUUCUCUCUUCAACGUUGACGGUGGUCACCGUGCCAUUAAGUACUCGCGCUUAGGUGGUGUCAAGAAGGAAAUCUACGCCGAAGGAACUCACUUCCAAAUUCCUUGGUUCGAAACACCCAUCAUCUACGAUGUCCGCGCCAAGCCUCGCAACAUCCCAUCUCUCACUGGUACCAAGGACUUGCAGAUGGUGAACAUCACCUGCCGUGUCCUGUCCAGGCCCCGUGUGGAUGCUCUUCCCCAGAUCUACCGUACUCUCGGUCAAGACUUCGAUGAGCGCGUUCUUCCUUCGAUUGUCAACGAGGUGCUCAAGAGUGUCGUCGCUCAGUUCAACGCCAGUCAGCUUAUCACACAGCGCGAGAAUGUUGCCCGUUUGGUUCGCGAGAACCUGGCCCGCCGCGCCGCCCGCUUCAACAUUGCCCUGGAUGAUGUUUCCCUCACACACUUGACCUUCUCUCCCGAGUUCACCGCCGCUGUUGAAGCCAAGCAGGUCGCUCAGCAAGACGCCCAGCGUGCCGCAUUCAUGGUCGACAAGGCCCGCCAAGAGAAGCAGGCUUUCAUUGUCCGCGCCCAGGGUGAGGCCCGCUCGGCCGAACUUAUCGGUGACGCUAUCAAGAAGAGCAAGAGUUACAUUGAGCUCCGUAAGAUUGAGAACGCCCGUCACAUUGCUCAAAUUCUCCAAGAGAACGGUGGCAAGAACAAGCUCUACCUCGACACCCAAGGCUUGGGCCUGAAUGUCAACUCUGGCAGCGAGGAGGGCAAAUAA